UAAGCUUCUCUCUCCCAGCAGGAAAAAAAAAGCACCCUUUGGUCCAUUUCCCAAUUACAUACCUGUCAAUUACCUCUCCUGGCAGCUUGGAAACUUUCAAUUGAACCAUCAUAAUGUUUGCUAGAACUGCCUUCAGGGUUGCGCAGCCCCUCAAGCUGCAAGCCCGCCGCUACGCCACCGAGCCCGCUGCCAAGGGCAGCAGCUCCAACACGGCGCUCUACGCCGGCGGCGCGGCCGCCGUCGCGGGCGGCGCCUACUACUUCCUCGCGGGAGGCUCCUCGGGUGCGGCGCAAAAGGCCGAGGCCAAGGUCAAGGAGGCCGUCGGCGCGGCGCCCAAGAAGGCGCUCACGGGCGGCGACCAGGGCUUCGUGUCCCUGAAGCUCGAGGACACCGAGAUCAUCAACCACAACACCAAGAAGCUCCGCUUCAAGCUGCCCGAGGACGACAUGGUUUCUGGUCUCGACGUCGCGAGCGCCAUCUUGACCAAGUACAAGGGUCCCGAGGACGAGAAGGCUACCUUGAGGCCUUAUACUCCUACCAGCGAUGAGGACGCCAAGGGCUACCUUGAGCUCAUCGUCAAGAAGUACCCCAACGGCCCCAUGUCGACGCACAUGCACGACAUGACCCCCGGCCAGCGCCUCGACUUCAAGGGCCCCCUCCCCAAGUACGCCUGGUCCCCCAACAAGCACGAGCACAUCGCCCUCGUCGCCGGCGGCACGGGCAUCACGCCCAUGUACCAGCUCGCGCGCGCCAUCUUCAACAACCCCGAGGACAAGACCAAGGUGACGCUCGUCUUCGGCAACGUGACGGAGGAGGACAUCCUCCUCAAGAAGGAGCUCGCCGAGCUCGAGAACACGUACCCGCAGCGCUUCCGCGCCUUUUACGUGCUCGACAAGCCGCCCAAGGAGUGGAGCGGCAACAAGGGCUUCAUCAGCAAGGAGCUGCUGAAGCAGGUCCUCCCCGAGCCCAAGAGCGAGAACAUCAAGGUGUUCGUGUGCGGUCCCCCCGGGCUGAUGAAUGCUAUCUCUGGUAACAAGAAGAGCCCCAAGGACCAGGGCGAGCUUGUCGGUACCCUCAAGGAGCUGGGAUACUCUCCUGAGCAGGUCUACAAGUUCUAGAGCGUUUUUUUUUUUUUUGCUUGUUAGAUGGAGGGGGCAGUCUAGAUGUCGUAAAGAGCGUCGAAGAGGAGAGAACCUUGUUUGUUGUAUGAAUAGCUGAGGCGAUAGACGCAUUAGAUUCCUCAAUGAAUGCUGGCGGUUUGCGCACAUCACAUAAUCCAGGUCCGCAG